AUGUCAAGAAUUUUAAGAUUAGGUUCGAUUGGAAGUCAUGAGGAUAAACAAUCAACGUCCUCUAACUUACCACAGUUGAACGUGGAGUUUGAGGUAGGUAGGACAUUAACAUUACGACCCACUCAAGUUGUUAGAGGUUCGGUAAUUUUGACGAUCUCAGAUAAUAGCAGGACAUUAUUUGCAUCGUCAAUCAAAAUUAAAUUUCGAGGUGAAGAGACCGCAUCAACCAAAGCAAAAGAUUACGGGUCGGCUUCCGGAUCAGCGAAACGUGUGGAGACCGCGCGAACUAUUUAUUUCGAAUGUAAUUACGUGGUUUGGAGCGGCGGAAAUCACGGCCCACAAAGAGCCAAUGAAUAUUUUCCUUGGAAAGAACUUCUUCCAGGGACGUACAGGUUUCAAUUUGCUCUAAAGCUGCCACCAGUGAAUCUACCCCCCUCUAUAGAGGGACCGAAAGGAAAUUCAAUCCGGUAUGUAUGGCAACCGGUAAUAGAAGCAGCCGGUGGGACUGUAAUCGAAGGUCCAGAGAUAGUUACCCCUUUCAUUCCUAUAUCUUUUGCUCCACCAGAUCAAGUAUGGAAUUUUAAGGAUGUAUUGUAUAACGACAAAAAACCGAAGAAAAUGUUGGUGGAAGUUGAAGCAACCUUACCUAGACACGUAUUUUCACCUGGUGAAGAAUUAAAACUCGCGCUGCGAGUAACCAACCAUUCUAACGGGCGUAUUACUUGUGUCCAAUGUUCCUUACGUAAGCAUUAUGAAGGUCCUUUGGACAAAGAGUUAGUUUGCGAAAAACAUGAACGUUCACUUGUCUCCACCGAAAGGCGAUGUGAUAUUGGUGUAACAAAUCAAAAAACGGGAGAGUUGGAAUUCUCCUUCAUCAUACCCAGAAAAUUUCAUCAUGUACCACCAACAUUUUCUGGUCGUCAUUUACGCGUAUAUUACACUCUACGAUGCGUGAUACAAGCCGAGAUGGGAAAACUGCUUACCAAGAUGCAAUUUCAUGAGGUUAUCAUCCCUAUAUCGAUUUCAUCUUUUCCUCAUAUCUCGCAGGAAGAUUUCCCCGAGAAUAUUUCUUAUCCAUCUUACACUGAAUCUCGCUUUGGUCCUUACUUUUUCGACCCAAACGAGGAUUUUCCUCCUUCUCAAAUGGAUCAGUCACCAUAUUCUAACACCUUGAGUGCCGCUAUUUCAUGUUUACAGCUUGAUAAUUUUUAUAAUAGUGAUCAUGAUUCAUCCACCACUCAAUCACCUUACCUUAGUGAGAAUGAUUCCAUUAUAAUUAAUGAUAAUAUCCUGGAGACUAAUCAUCGUGUUUUUGUUACUGUAAACAAUAAUUCGAACGAUAGAACAGAGAGGACGAUUUUUACUACAACUCGAUUAGGUUAA